AUGGCACGCAGCUUUAAAGAUGAUGUCGAUAGCGAUGAACAUCCCAUCGUGAUAAGUCGCGACGAUGUCAGUGAUUACAAUCCAGGCCAAAUAUUGCCACAACCGGAGAAAACCAUCAAUCAUAUUCGGGCCUGGCUCCAGCCCACCCAAUAUGAGAUUGCUGGAGGCGAAUAUCGCAAACAUCUGGCCACCCAUGCAGCCGGCACGGGAGCCUGGCUGACCUCGAGCGCUACGUACAAGCAAUGGCUGCAAGAUGAUCAGCACGGGCUGUUAUGGAUCAAAGGCAUCCCUGGCUCGGGGAAGUCUGUUAUAGCAGCCAACCUCAUUGACGAGCUAGGAAGGGAUAAUCCUGGAUCACCGGUCCUCUUCUUCUUCUUUCGGCAGAUCAUCCAAGCCAACCACAAGCCCGACGCUUUACUCCGUGAUUGGAUUCAUCAGAUUUUGAGCUACAGCCCGCCCUUGCAGAAGAAACUCAAAUCGGAUAUGGAGUCACGGAGCCUUGAAACCGUUUCUAUCGACGAAUUGUGGCAGAACCUUUAUAUGGCUCUUUCCGGAAUCUCAGGAAGAGUUUUCUGCGUCGCUGAUGCUCUUGACGAAAUCGAUCAAGGCAAUGACUCAUUCCUCACGUCUCUUGCAUCGCUAGGGACGUGGAGACCUGAUAAAGUCAAGGUUCUCAUCACAAGUCGCCCUGUCCCGACUGUGGAGGGACCUUUGAGAAAGUCUCCUGCUCUUCAAAUCCGUCUUCAGGAGGACUUGGUUGAUAUUGAUAUACGAACCUAUGUCCAGUCCACUCUUUCCAAGUCCGCGAUCCCGAAGAGCGAUUGGAAGACUAUCAUCGAUGCUGUUCCUGGCAAGGCCAAUGGUCUAUUUCUCUAUGCAAAGUUAGCUAUGGAUGCUUUUCUAGAGCCAGGCGCUGAUAUCACCCUGGUCCUAUCAAAAUUACCUGUGGAUUUGAAUGUCUUGUACACAGGCCUUCUCAGAGACCAUUCCCAUCGAUCUGGGGUAGCAGAUAGCACUCAACGAUUGAUUCUCCAGGCUGUCACCCACGCCAGGCGACCUCUGAGGCUGCUGGAGCUAGCUGAGAUGGUCAAGAGCAAUAAUCCGGAUGGCCAAACACUCGAUCUGAAAGAUGCGAAGAAUCUAAUUCGGGCAGGUUGUGGCCCCUUGCUGGAAAUACUGGCAGAUGAGACGGUGUCCGUUAUUCAUCACUCUUUUACGGAGUAUCUCAAAGGAACCACUAGAUCUCAAGACAGUUCCGGAUAUCCCAUUCUCGAAUCAGGACCCUCUCAUACUCAGUUGGGGAUUGCUUGCCUAAACUAUUUGACUACCGAGAACUUGGAACCUGCAGCGAUGGAGAAUGAGAAGCCAGAAGGCUUCAUGAAUCGACACAUUCCACUGAAGCCUAUCAGCAAUGACACUAAUCUGCGCUUGAGGUUUCCAUUCUUCGAUUAUGCUGCAAGUAACUGGUCUCAUCAUAUCAAGGCAUCUGAAGCUGCUGGAGAAGACCAGGCACAAAUCAACCUCAAGAUCCGCCAAUUUCUAGACGACGAUAAAAGAAUUGAGGCAUGGCUGCAGGCCAAGUGGGGAUACUUGACGGAAAACGUCACGCAAGUUCAUAUCGCUGCUAAGCUUGGGUUGUUUUCCUAUCUCCAAGAGCUUCUUGAAACCAUACCACCAGACGAACCAGAUUCCAGCGGGAAAACUCCAAUUUGGUGGGCGGCUCACAUGGGCCAUACAGAUAUCGUCAGGGAGCUGAUCAAGCUUGGAGCAGACCCAGACCACGACGAAUCAGUCAGUGGGUUAAAGCCACUGCAUGAGGCCGCAAAAAGAAAUCACGCAGAAACUGUAACGGCACUCCUAGAGGCUGGGGUGCACCCCCUUACGGAGCAAACUGGUGAGGACUCUGAAUACGCGUGGGACCAAGCGCCAAAGAAAGCAGGACAUACUGCUUUCAGUUAUACUGUUGAGAAUGGUCACUUGGAGGCGGUGGAUGCCUUUUUGCCUUUCAUUAAAGAAAUCAAGAUCAUUCAACAACACGUCAUGUUGGCGGCUUCCAGGGGUAGAGCCAAAGUGGUCGCUCGACUUCUUGAAGUUCCUGGAAUCAACGUCAACGAUCGGGAUCACGGGUGCACCGCACUGCAUGCUGCUUGUAGCUGUGGGGACCCUGAGACGAUGGGUUGCCUUUUGAAGGCCGGGGCAGACCCUAACAAUCUCUUCGAUAACAAUGAUGGUAGAAACGUCCUUCAUAUGCUACCUAGGUCUUCGUAUGAGAUCUUUGACAUAUUCCCACUUCUCGUCCAGGCGGGCAUUGACAUUCACGGACGUGACUCAUAUGGAAGGACUCCUCUACAUGCCACGAUCGAAUCUCCAGUUUUGACACGACUUCUACUUCAAGCUGGAGCUGAUGCUAAUGCAGCUGACAAUGAUGGAGCGACACCCCUCCACUGCGUCCAUAAUAUAGAGUCCAUGUGCCUACUUGUCGAGGAGGGACACGCGGAUAUCAAUGCUGCCAGACGCGACGGAGGAACUCCUCUUCAUGCCCUGCUUGUGAAUUGUCGUAGUGAAAUGACCGCCAGGUUCCUAGAAUAUGGUCCGGACUGCACUAUCGUGGAUGGAUAUGGCAACGGAAUGCUCCAUACCGUGCUAACGGCUUACCGUGUGGAUAAAGAUAUUGUCGAGUCGUUGUUGAAGCGGGGGGUUGACCCCAACCUGAAGAACGACGGAGGGCUCACACCUAUGCUCUCCGCCGCCGGUAAUGACUUGGAGGAAGAGAUUAUAGAUCUCCUCAUCCAAGCAGGUGCUGAUAUAUCUGCAACAGACGAUCGUGGGGGAAAUGUACUUUUCCGGCAGUUUGAUAUUUACCUUGGUGGAAGAAGCGGAAAACUCGACACUUGGGUUAAGAAAGGGGCACCGACGAUGAUCCGGGAUCGAAAGGGUCGCACUCUUCUACACGCAGCUGUAGGAGGAUGCGAAUACAGUUACAACAUAUCAGACCGAAUUGACCCAGUUCUUGGGCUCGGCCUUGAUUCAAACAGCGUUGACUAUGAUGGAAACAGUCUAUUGCACGAACUCGCUCGAGUUCAUUUAAACCACUACAUAGGUCAUAGCCUGGGCCUGGUUUCCCACUGGGAAAGGUUAUUAAGUCUCGGGCUGGACAUCGACCAGGCCAACUAUGAUGGACUCACUCCUCUGCACAUCCUAUGCUCAGCAGUCCCAUGGGACGAUUCCCCGCCGUCGGAAACGUUGAUGCCAAUCGACUUCGUGAUUUCGAGGGUGAAAAACGUGGACACAACGGAUAAAUACGGUGCUACGCCGCUCCAUCGGGCUGUUACCAUUGGUGAGGUGUACACCAAAAGGCUUCUUGAAGCUGGCGCGAACCCGGCCAAAGCCACUCGUCAAGGUAUGACCCCACUGCACCUUGCUUCCAAGAGUAGACAGAGCAACGUAGUAGGCAUGCUACUGGAAGCCUUGAGAAGCAGAAGCCCGUCAUCCGCUCUGCCUGUGCUGGGAGUAGACGCUGUUGUGUUUAAAGUAAUAGGCAGCCAUGGUUAUGACCCGAACAAUGCUCUGGAUGCCUACCCUACCACUCCGCUGUUUUAUGCCUGCCGAUCCGGAAGGCCAGAAACGGUAGCACUUCUUCUUGAAGCUGGUGCGGAUAUAAAUAAAGGAAAUGUCCUGCAUGCAUGUGCUGGCUUUGAAAGAGAGAAUGAGUUGUGGCAGGGUCUCCCGGAAGAUUCACGCGGAGCCCAGAAACAAAUGCGUCUCACGGUGAUGGAUGAAACGAUCGUCUUAGGUACAAAAUGCUUACUCACAUUGGAUAAGCUGCAAGUGGACGAAACUGUUCGAUUGGAGGAGAUUCUGGAUAUGCUUGUUACGCACGGGCUUGAUCCGGCUGAGAUUUCUCAUGUUGAUUGCUGUGACCAGGCAGAAGAUGAGAUUGCUAAAAUGGAUAAUGUCGUGUACAAGCAUGACCAACUCGACAAGAAUAGCAGUUUUAUUGACAGGGCUUUCUUCCACCAGGAAGACUAUACAGGCGCUUGUUUCAGGGCCACUUGCUAUUCAGCCAAAAAAGAGAAGGAAUUUUCUAUCAUGACUGCCCUUGAAAAUCUGCACUCCUCAUCAAAGAAUGCGGCUAUUCUGGCAUUGAGAUCUCCUGAACUAAUCAAAAAUGGGGAAGCCUAUCCAGAUACCCUCAUAUCCUUCUUGCGUAGAAGGGAAUAUCGAUUGGUUGAGGAGAUGGCGAGACUGGAUGUACAGUUCUUGCCAUCUUUUCCCCGUGAAGAAUCGAAAUUUUCUAUUCUUGUCCAGAAUGGUUAUUUCUCUCUUGUUGAGAGAAUUGGUGCGAUUGUGGCAGAAAGAGAGAUGGGAAGGGGAAAUUGGCAUGCCUUUGGCGACACGACACGGCCAGGGCUUUGGCUCGCCAACCGGGGUAUUAUCAAGGAAGAUGAGAUCGUGGGCUCUGUUCUUCCUUUUUUGACCGCAGCUGUUAUGAGGGAGCUACCCAACAUGGAGGUUGUCAAAUUGUUGGUGGAAAAGUUUCACGUCGAUGUCAAUGAGCUGGUUUCCGUUGAUGACCUCGGCGCCGAGUUUUGUGACGGCGGCACGGCUGGGGAUUCCGCUCUUCAUACAGUGUCCCUCGGCUACCACUGGUGGCAUGUUCACCAAGCAUUGCCUUAUUUGCUUCGGUCGGGAGCUAAUAUAGACCUCCAAAACAAUAAGGGGCAAACAGCCCUUCAUACUACUCUUGGGAGAUAUCUGGACCAGCCUUUUCAGCGGGAUGCUGCGCGACUGCUGAUUGAAGCAGGGGCAGACGUCAAUGCCGUAGAUGAGUCAGGGGCGGAUUGUCUUGCUUACGCUCAUGGCGACUAUGAGAUGAGCAAGCUUCUCAUCUCUCGCGGAGCAGUUGUGACAACAGAAUCGAUAUUCAGAGCAAUCGCCGCUGAGAGCGCGCCCACACUUCAAGUCCUCCUGUCGGGCGGUAUUAGUGCCAACACACGUCGCAAACCACCACCUGAAGAUGUAUUGGCGUCUGAACGAAAGAGCCGUUUCUCUGGAGAAGGAGUCGGUUGGUCCUCGUAUGAUUGUGAAGUAGAAGAUCACGAGGAAUUCCCACUAUACUACGCUGGAACGAGGUGGCGAGGGGGGGUGAGGGGCGGACCGGAAACAUUGCGAGUCGCAGAGCGCGUUUUCGAAAUGGUGCAGAUGCUGCUUGACCACGGGGCCGACCCAUUUGCCAAGUUCUUGACCCCAAGCCCAGUAACCUACGGUGAUACAGCACCUGAGAAUUUCCGAGAGGCCACAGUUUUGCACGAAUUACUGCAUCUCCGUCAGGCGAUUGACCCUUUCUUCCAAAUCCCGCAGCUCGACAUACAUCGUCGAGAUGCCAGGGGGUGGACACUCCUUCUUGCAGCCUGUUCAGGCUUGCCGGAUAUCCCACUCUCCUGGAAGCAACAGAAAGAUAGCACAGAAGAAAUGGUAACGACAUUUCAAAAGCUGUUGUCAAUGGGUGCAGAUCUGGAAGCUCUGGACAACGCGGGUCGGAAUGUUCUCCAUUUGAUGAUCGGCCGCGGCGAUAUCAUGGGAUACAAGGAUCCGAGGGAUUUCCAGAUAUCGCUAAUUGAAAGCGUCCGAAGGGCACCGCAGCUCAUGAACCAGAAGGAUAAUUCUGGCAGCACCCCUCUCCACCUCGCCGUAAUGCGCAUGGUUGAGAGAUCAAUUCAUCACCACCGUCGAGAUAAACCUAUACCUGCUGAAAUGCUCAUAUCUGCUGGAGCUGACUACUUGGCCACCCACAAACAUGGCAACAGUAUUCUUCACCUUCUUGCUGCCGGGCUUCGCACAAAGGAUGAGCGUGAACUGUUCGAAAAGAUGGUGCAACGGGGAAUGGAUGUGAAUGGGCGGAAUGAGCAGGGAGAAACCCCGUUGUUUCUAUUUUGCUGCAAAGACACUCUUCCGGAUCGGAUAGAGGGGUUUAAAUACCCACCAAAGGUCAUUCCAAUGUUCAAAAGACUAGGCGCGGACUUGUUCGCCACAGACAACAAGGGAAGGGGGCUUCUGCAUGCUGCUGCAAGUGGCGAAGCCGAGCUUUUCAAGGAGUUGCUGGAUUGUGGGUUGGAUGCUAGCUUGGAGGACGACGCGCAGCAGACACCGCUUGACAUGGCUGCGGCGUAUGGAAAUCUUGAGGUUUUAAAGAUUUUCGAGAAGAAUAUGUAG